GCAUGUGCCAGAAGAUAGGCAGCAGGCCAAAAAUAGCCGAUUCGGCGGCUAUUUGCCGAGUUGAAAAUUCACAGUUUCCUCGGAUGUAUUUUUUGGGAGAAUCCUCCGAUGUAUCAAUGUUCCCCUUUUUUCGCUGACACUGUCGAAGAGAAAAAAUGGAUGUAAGAAGAGCUCGGAUCCAUUCCGAUCUUUGGAGGAAGAGCUCCGCAGGUGUCUAACGCUUAUUGACUAGGGUUUCUGGGCAAACGGAGGAGAUCCGACCGCUUUGGAUUGUGGUGGUUGCUUAAUGUACGAUUUUGGCUGCAAGAGACGGGCUUUCAAGGAAGGUGGCUUGUUGGCUUGACAGUUUUUGGCUAAGGGUUUUUGCGGUGUUUGCUGGAUAGAAAAUGUUCUAUUCUCAGUUUAUAUUGGCUAAGAAAGGGCCUUUGGGAACGAUAUGGAUCGCUGCUCAUCUCGAGAGGAAGUUGAGGAAGAACCAGGUUGCGGAUACUGAUAUCGGCUUAUCUGUAGAUUCUAUUCUAUUUCCUGAAGUACCAAUUGCACUGCGGCUGUCCAGUCAUCUUCUACUUGGUGUUGUGAGGAUAUAUUCAAAAAAGGUGAACUAUCUUUUCCAUGAUUGUAGUGAAGCUCUGGUGAAGAUAAAACAGGCAUUUCGAUCAACCGCAGUUGAUCUUCCACCUGAAGAAUCGACUGCACCAUAUCAUUCUAUCACUCUGCCAGAAACUUUUGACCUUGAUAAUUUUGAGCUUCCUGAAAGUGCCUUACUCAGUAGCAAUUUUGUUGACAACCAUGUCAGUACCAGAGAGCAGAUUACACUUCAAGAUACAGUUAAUGGGACUUCUCACCCAACAUCAAUGUUCGGGUUGGAUGAGAGAUUUGGUGAUGAUGAUGCUUCUCAUAUCGGUUUGGAACUUGAGCAGGAAUUAUUCAUGGACAAGCAUUUCUCACCUUUACUUGCUUCGUUUUCAGUGGGUCCUAAAGAGGGAGGAUCUCUCCAAUGUGAACCUUCUCGUCCUUCAACUAGCUUAGGAAAUGGACAAUUAGGUUACAGCGAGGGAAAUUGCAGUGAAAUUCCAAAUGAGCUAUCUGAACUUCUUUGUAGUAAUCAUGACAGAGAACGUUUUUCAAUUUUGAAGGGUUUGAGAAGGAAUGAAGAUUCGAUUCAUCAUCAUAGUUCUAGUAUUCAAACUCCAGACCUUAAUGAAGUGUUUCUGCCUGAUUGUCAAAUGGCUCCUUAUCCGUGUAACGCUUUAACCCCAGAAGAAGUUCCAACUCCAUGCUUAAUUGAGCCUGCUCAAGGUCCUUCAACGCCUGGAUUAUUAGAAGAAGCAAUACCAUCCAAUUUUCAAGAAAUUCCUGCUCUGAGUCCUCAGGAAAGAGCUGCUACGCCUGCUGAACCAGGGAGGCCUUGGAGUAUUGGUCCGUCCAUGGAGGUUGAAUAUCCUGAAACUGUUAAUGAAACUGGGCAUACGGAUACUCCAGCAAUGGAUCAUAUUUUGGACGGAACUGCUGAGGGAUUGUCUUCUUCAGUUGUGUUUGAGCAAAGGUCUGGUUCCCUAGCACCAACUCAUUUGGAUGAAAACCUAAUAACUCAUGAUAGGUGCCUUCCUUCUGGUACUGAAAAUGCGAUAGGUAAAUCAACUGGUAAGGAAGUGAAUGAUCUAUCAGUAUCUGACCAGAAGCAAGACUAUAUGAAGGUUAUUCUUCCUUCAGCCGUUUCUGAUGAGACGGGCAAUCGUGAUUUACAUAUUAAGCUUGCGACAUUCUCUGAAGUAGAGCCUAUCUCUUCCAAAAUUUCCACAGUGAAUAAAUCGGAUGUUUCAGGAGCAGUUUGGGAUGCAGAGACAACAGUUCACAACUGUACUGAACCAUCAAACAUGAGUAAUCUGGGUCAUGUAGAAGACAAUGGUUCUUAUCUCAGUAGAAACACAUCUGCUAGUGCGUCUGAUUUUCAUUUGAGACCAUGCAGUUCAAAUUUGCAUGAGGAUGCUACCUUGGUAGAAGUUUCUGAGUUAUCUCACAGGGAACAGUUUUGUAGCCUGGAAAUGCCAAUUAGGGAGGAGCCUCCUUCACGUCAGGUUCAAGGUAAUGAGUUGCGCUCUACAGAUUUUGGAGAUUCUAACCUAGAAGAGCAGCAGAAGCCAGUGUACAUUUCCUCUGGCGCCAAAUCUGGUGUCAUUGAGCCACAUGAGCUGUCAGUGUGUGAUCUUUCAAAAGUCAACCAGCCAGAUCGCUUCAAUUACUCUUCCAGUUCUGAAGUUGUAGAACCUGAGAAGAUGUUAGCUCCAGCAUUCAAUGUUGAUUUUUCAAAUGAUAAAGCACAGCAAUCUUCAGAUAAAGGAGUGGCAGAGUUUGAUAGAAAUGUUGAUAGAAUCAGCACUUCUUCGAAAGUCGUCCAGCCAAAUCACUUCAAUUACUUUUCCAGUUCUGAAUUUCUAGAACCUGAGAAGAUGUUAGCUCCAGUUUCCAAUGUUGAUUUUCCAAGUUAUGGAGGACAGCAAGCUGCGGACAAAGGAGUAGCUGAGUCUGAUGGAAGUGUUGAUAGAAUGGGCACUUUACACAGCAAGAAACGUCAAAUAAUGGGCAGCAUGACUGAUCAAAAAACUGUUCCUGCAGCCAAGUUGUCUGGAGUUCCAAGAAGCUGGAGAAAUGUUGUUCCUGAUGAUGAUGAUUUAUUGGCAUCCAUUCUAGUUGGAAGGACGUCUCAAUUCUUGAAAAUUGGAACACCGUUGCCACCUUCCACAGCAUCAUCUCAUAAGAGGCCUCGAACUAUGCCCAAAGUUGGCAUGCUUAAAAGAAGAAAGGUGCUGGUGGAUGAUACUAUGUUUUUACAUGCUGACAUUAUACGACAACAGCUAAUAAACACUCAGGACAUUCGCCGCAUUCGAAAAAAGGCUCCCUGCACUCGCCCUGAUAUUUGGAGGAUCCAUAUUUAUGAGGCGGAGGAUGAAAUUUUCAAAAAUUGUGCUUUAACCGGUGUAACUGCAGAGUUGAACAGUUUGGAAUGUCAGAGAUACGAUCUGCAUGCGAACCUAAGAAGUGAAAAGAAGGUUCACAAUUCUCAUGCUAAUACACUUGAAGAGGCAAAUUCUUGCAGGACUUCUCAGUUUGUGCAUGAAGCUGGAGCCAAAGUAUUGGGGGAAAGUUUUUCAACUCCGCUGAGCCUAGAUCAUGUUGGAGAUAAAAUUCCAUUGUUUAUAAGUGGGGCUGAUAUGGAGCAAGCCCAUGAAGAUGCCAAACAGGUGGCUGUGAAAGAGCUGUUAGAACAGAUAUCUGUUCAGCCUCAAAUGGAACCUUUGAACGAUGGCCCUCAUUCGAUGAUAUCUGAAAUGGAGGAUGUUGGACGGGGAAGUUCUCAUUUGAGGAUGGCAGAAUUGGGGGUAAGUAUUUUAAGUCCUCUGAGCCUAGAUCAUAUGAUAGAUAAUGAUCUAUUGAUUAUGGAGCAAGCCCAUGAAGAUGCCAAACAAUUGGCUAAGAAAAAGAAAAUAGAACAGAUGUUUGUUCGUCCUCAAUUGGAACCUUGGAACGAAGGCCUAAAUUCAAUGAUGUCCGAAAUUGCAGGGAGAGAUUCUCAUUUGAGGAUUACAGAGAAAAAUAUUACUGAUAAUGCUGAAUCUUGUCCGCUCCAUGAGAAACAUGAUAAUGAGAGCAUUAAUAAUUCAAUGAUGUCUGAAAUGGAGGCUGAUGCACGUAGAGGUUUUCACUUGAGGACCGAGACCCAUAUUGCUGAAAAUUCUGAAUCUUGUCUACCCCUCGAGAAGCAUGAUGAGGCGAUCACAAUUAUAAUGGAGCAAUCACUGCACUCUGAAGGUCAGGGUCAUCAAAACACCCUCGGUGAUGGGUUAGAACAAGUUACCAUUGAAACAACAGAUAAUUCUGCAGUUGUAUUUAUGGAUUCUGAAUGUUUAACCCAUGCUGAAGAUGAGUCUAAUGCUGUCCUUACAUCCAACAAGGACAAAGAGAAACAUGCUAAUGCUGUGGAUAUGGAGAAUUUGGAAUGCCCUCAAACUUGUCUUGCUCAUUGUAUGGAGAUCGACGGAGCAAGUGUUUCAGCACAUGGUGUAACAGUAGACAGUGGGGCAGAUUUGCUAUUAGAGAAAACUGUUGGCUUUACUGUUGCUGGAGAAGGUCAUAAUUUAAAGGUCUUGGGGAAUGAGGACUGGCCUAUGCCUGGCACUACCUGUUCAGAAGCUAAGUGCAUGGCCUCUUUAUCUGCCCCUACUGAGCAUGUUCCCUUCACUGUUGAAGAAAAUUCUGUUGUAAAGGAGCAUAGCCUCGAGGCUGGUCUGCUCAUGCACGGCAAUCCCAUAGAUGUUGUUGCACGCGAUUAUAGUGAUUUCUGCGGUGCAAUUGAUGACAACUAUGCUGAACUUUUGAAUGUGGAUGAUGAGGUUGACUUGGAUGUAGUAGAAGAUGAUGGGCCUAAUCCCGAUGCAGCGAAGUUAUUUGAGAACAGUGGGUGGUCUGUUCGAACAAGGGGCGUUGCUAAAUAUCUAAAGAACUUGUUUUAUGAAGAAUCUGUGCGUGGAAGAAAAACUGUUGCAGUGGACCGUCUUUUAUUUGGUAAAACUCGCAAAGAAGCAUCAAGAAUGUUCUUCGAAACCCUGGUCCUAAAGGGCAGGGACUACAUUCAAGUGGAGCAGGAGACUCCUUUUGCUUACAUUAACAUCAAACCUAGAAUAAAGCUUCUGGAGUCUGAAUUCUGAUCUUUAUCAACUAACAGAAUCAUAUAAACCAGCCCAAUCUUUUAUUUCUCUGCAAAAAUUACUCCUAAUUUGUUAACUAGUACUGUAAUCCUUCACAAAAAAAGACAUAUUUCUUCUCUUUUUCUCCCACUAAUUAGGUAGGCAACGCUGAAACUAAGCAUGUACAGCUUGUUUUUUAUUUCCAAUAAUUUCAUGAUGUGUAUAUAUGUUACAGUAUCUGUUUGUAAAUGUAAAACCUUCAAAGCAUCUCUGCAUUUCCUUAUGAUUGUUUGCUUUGUUCUUUGCC